AUGCGACCAGAGACUCUCUCUAAUGCACUCCAACGCGCUUCUGCAUCUACACCACACGUUGCCAACAACUCCGUUCAGCCUCAGGCGAAUGAGACCGACGCCUCGCGCGGUAAGCGUAGGCGUAUCACUCCAGAUGAGGAGGAACAUCAGCUACGGGAUCAAGAAGGGAUGACUCAGGGCUCUUGUGGGCCCGACUUCCGCGAGGACGCCGCUAGCACCGCGUCUUCCACGGAGACAGACGGGUUUCCCCGCCAACGUUCCAACGGUCCUGUCAACUGGCAGUUCGAAUUCCAACGCAUAUUCGAUGCCGAGUCCAGUAGUGAUGCCGAACUCGUUGCGAUUGACCACUACGGGCGAUCCCUGUCCGAUAUCGCACGUCGCACUGCGCUCAUUGCAGUCAGAUCCACAUUGGAGGUGCAGGUUAGGGAGAUACAGCGGCUGAUCGAUAACAUCGAUGCUUACGAGGAGGAGUGGAACUUUUUGGUAGCAAGGGCGCCGACUGUGGAAUGA